AUGUUGUCAUCGCACAUCACAGAAUUUAGCGGCGUCGCUCGACGUGGUGUCGCACUGUCGACAGAGGUUCGUCCAUCUAUACUCUGCAGUUUUAAGGAGGAGGGAUGUGGUGGUUUCUAUGGCGAUAGUUAACCCCCUUUGCCCGGUAUCCUGUUCCUAAUGGGACUGAUGGUUGUCAACUGACAGACUCUGAAUCACAAUCAUCCCCCGCACUUGCGCAGACAUCAUGCUUCUAGCCUACUUCACCUCUUCCUACCAUUGUGGAUGAAAGUUGUCAAAAGGUCUGGAAGCGUGUGCUAUGCUGGUAUCAGAAAGUCAUGGCCCUCGCAGCCUGGUAUGCGCUGGCAGUUCCCCGACACCUGAUUCUCUGUCGGUAGAUGCGCUUGCGAUUCCGCUGAGUAUACAGGUGAUGGGCGUAUCUGCCCAGUCAUCCUUGUCCUUCUGACCUCUGUUGGGGUGUUGUUGUUAGUGAAAAAUCCUGGUCAAGUGUACGUCGUGGACCAGGGGGUGUUGAGUGGAACGCCAAGGUGCGGGCUCGCUCGUGCCAGCCACCGGCGCCCCCACCUCCGGUCCUCCUGACUGUCUUGACACCGGGUCCAAGUGGGGAGUGGGGGAUAGACAGAGAGGGAGAGAGAGAGAGAGCGGUAGAUGCUGCGCAAGUCUACUAUCACUAUAAACCAGUUCACGCGCAAGUCACCGUGCCUGCUGCACUCUGCUCUGCAAUACACGGUGGACAUCGUCGAAACCGACGGUCGAACCGUCAGGUGAAAGUCGCGAAAGGUCUGCUGCGGUUUGAAUGUAUUCGCACGCUGCGGCCUUUUCUAACCAGAGAUAUUCCUCGUGGUUCAAGUGGAUUCACUAUCGUGCUCUGUCACACCACAUACGAAACCCACUUCAGAAUUGGACGUCAUUUGUCUAAAGUGGGUGACUGUGCCACGGAGGUCAUAUUCGAAAAGGCAGUUUUAGGAUGGAGUGAUCCCGUCAGUGGACAGCCGUACAGAUAAUGACUAAUUACCCCUACCUAUCUUUUUCCCUUCCCUCCUCAGUGGAAAUAUGAAGUCAGACUACCUGAGGAUGAGAUUGUGCUCAACUGCCAACGUUACGUCAAGACUCCGCACAUGUGUGUGUCACGCACAAAUUCUUGUGUCAGAACACAGGGGAGGCCUCGGGCCACCAAUCGAGGGGCGUUAUCAUGAAGGCUCCUUGGAGAAGGAGCCAUCUCAUCAUGACCACCAGUCAGGAGUAAGGUCAAGUUCCCCCUUCAACUGACAACUCUUCAUACUACUAGUAUUAAUGGAUAAACAGAGCUCAGUAGCAUCUCAGGUUCACUGUAGUGAGAAACGCAGCGCGGUUGUCCAUAAGGACUGGGACCUUAAAUCGACCUCACACACCUUCGAACUCCGAAUUAAACCUAUUGGGUGUUCCAGCCCACUCCCAUUAACGCCACCCGGAAUUGACUCAACCUCAAUCAUACGAAGCUGAACGUGCGAUCCUCAAACAUCCCUGAGUACCGACUGUUAUGUAUGCAAAACAGAAGGUUAGUCGGGAAUAGGACUGUAAUGACUACGAGAGACAGCACGAGUGAAGAGGCUUGUGGAACCGGCUGGCUAUAUGGUAGAGGAGAAUUUCAUGGGCUGAUGGGUGGCCAAUCAGUGCAAAGGUCUGAACAGUGGUACAUGACCUUGAUCGUUCGCGUGUCACGCGCAUUUGGCAUGAUGUCCUGAUAGCCCGGACAGGAUACGCUGCAUCGACCAUCGGAAAAACAAUGUUCUUUGGACUGAGAGAGACCGGUUGUGAUGCUUCCGUCACCGAAACUAAAAUACUGAGACGAUCCUAAGCAGGAAUGUGACAGCUGAAAUGCAUGCAUCUGAGCCUCGUCCAGGUGCGGCCAAUUGGUAAAGAGGUAAAUAUCGAUCGACACCACAGCGUCGCCAGGCCUUGAUGAAAAAAACCAGCUAGGCAGACGGAAUACGGCAUAGUCUUACUGAAAGAAUCCGAGAGCAAGGGAAAAUAAUCUGAAACGGAGGUUGCGUAAUAUUUUCGCACACACCAAUCGAUUCUGUCCCCACCCACGCUCCCCCUAUGGACAGACUACCGUGCAUCUCAGCCUGCAUCAAGUGGCGCCGCCGUACUCUGACCCUGACCCAGUGGGUCGUCAAAGCGUGUCUGUUGAUGCAUUUUUGACUUGGUUCCAUGCGUGCGCCUAGUUCCUCUGCGUGAAAACACGACGCGUUAUGUGAGGAAGUCGUGUGUGGCGCGGGUAGAGCUAUUAAAUUCUCUUAGCCAAUUGCGGCCAAUCCCAGUAUUAGAUGCCCGACCGGCUCUGACAGUGGGCUGGUGCGUGGAGGGGGGGGGAGAGAGAGAAUGAAAUCGACUCUGGGGUUUCCAUCCCCAGGGCACCUUAGCGCAUUCCUCACUAUAAACAGUCUUGCGCGCCAAAAGUCGUGACUUGGAAGACUGCCCACAGACGGGAUACCUAGGCCCUCCUCUCAGGACGAGGAGAAAGGCUGCAGUAGAUUCUUCUUAAUGUGGCCUCUAUGGCAUUUACAGUCAGAUAGGAUCCGAAUCGACCACUUCCCGUUUCGGUGAAAACCUGUUUUUUUUGUGCGCACCUGGGCACUGCAUGCAUGUCGGAGCUUCCACUGCCUGCUAGAUGCUGCGGAUUUGAAGACAGCCAUUUGAAGUAGUGUUUUUCUCUUCUUUACGAGGCCAUUUUGCAAUGGCUGCUUCCUAAUGCCGUUUACUCACCUAUAAGUGCACUUACCCGCAGAUCUGUUUGCCUAUUAAGGUCACGGCGUCGCAUCUUUGUGCAAUAAAGUUGUCUUCGACUCGCGUUCAUGAAACUCUGGGUGCCGAAUAGUGCAAGAUGUGUGCGACCGCAUCCGGCGUUUUAAUGUCCUGGCUCGCGGUGGCAGUCGGUCGAACCUUAGGUAAUAUAAAAAUCGAUCUUUUCCAGUUUUCUCUCGGUAAUAAUGAGCCAACUGACAGCAGCGUUUAAUCUCAUCCCGAUCUUGCGCAAUUCUACAAUCGGUAUUUUUGUGACAACACCACAAGGAGAUGCUUUUCUUCCGUUAAAACUUAUUUCUGCCUUAACCAACACUGCAAAUCUGUGAGCACUUUUGAUCCGAGGUGGCGACCUAAAGACAAAUUGCUGCUUAGGAAAACUGGCGAUAAAGUGCGGCUACUUGCAGUUCUAGAUAAGUACGCCCGAGAAGAGGGCUUUUCUUUCGCCACUCUAAAGAUAGAAUAACGCAUUAAAUGUUCGGUAAUAUGUGGUUGGGUAGCCGCACCUGAUGGACACAAUACUGUUGACGUACUUAAUUAUUUUUAGUUGGUGUGAUUACGUUGGUAUAGUGCUGCUGUGCGUUACGGUGCAUGUUCUGCUGGCGGUCUUGUUUCAUUGUUGCCGUGUCUACCUUUUUCGGUCCAGUGCCGGUGGACCUUCUUGACUUUCGGCCUGUUGCCGAAGUUGGAAGUUUCACGGUUAAAGUUAAGGGCUGCGAUUAAGGGUUAAAUUUAGGGUUGGACUUAGGGUAAGGGGUUAGAGGCUAGGGUUAGGGAGCUAGGGUUAGGGGUUAGGGACUAGAGUUUAGAGUUAGGGUUAGAGGCAAGAGUAAGGGGUUGGAGCAACUACAUCCUGACCACUCAAAGUGCAACCGCGCAUGCAUGCAAUUACCUGACCCCGUUGCCUGUGCGUUCCCCGACCCCAAUUGUAAUAACCCCUAUUACCACCGGUCCCGUAUUACAGGCGGCGGGAUUUGUUUGCGUCACGUGCGGUUACAUAACCACAUCUGACCGAGAGUUCUAGCCAGUCCGUUCAGUAUGGCACGCAAGAAUGACAGCAAACAAUCGAUAGCUAGCACUGCACCAAUGAGGGCAUUUCCGCAAACAGUGCUGGCCGGAGCCUAACUCGCAACCUUCCAGCAACAUAUUUGUUUUUUUGUUAUCCGACGAAGUCUUUAUCAGAUUGGCAAAGUUGAGAAAUCCGGGUCAAUCAGUUGAAGAAGAAGAAGAGGAGGAAGAAGAAGAAAGAGGAGAAGAAGAAGAAGAAGAAGAAGAAGAGGAAGAAGAAGAAAGAGGAGAAGAAGAAGAAGAAGAAGAAGAAGAAGAAGAAGAAGAAGAAGAAGAAGAAGAAGAAGAAGAAGAAGAAGAAGAAGAAGAAGAAGAAGAAGAAGAAGAAGAAGAAGAAGAAGAAGAAGAAGAAGAAGAAGAAGAAGAAGAAGAAGAAGAAGAAGAAGAAGAAGAAGGUUGGCUCACCGGAACAGGUUUAUUAGGAUGCUGACGUUUCGAAGAACUUGGUCGGCUCUCCAUUGCCAAAGCGUAAAAUGCACUUAAUCCACCGGGAGUCCUAAGUAGCGUGUCACGUUAGCCGGCCUCGUGCUGAUCGAUUUUUUUUCUCUUAUCUUGCUGCCGCGGCCUAUCAGGGGAUGGUUGACGGGUGUUUUGUCUGUGUACGUUGUGAGUCACCACUCCGCCGGGGAGGGGGGGGGUGACUGAACCACUAUCGGGUGGUCGGUCUGACGGUUCUUUUUCUUCUUCACCGAGUAAACUCGCCGUCGGGCUGUCUCCGUGUAGCCUUCCUAAGCUCGGUGUGGUUGUUUGGUCCUGAGCUCUACGACUGUGAUGACGUAGGAUUUUGUAGGCCGCAGGAAGGUCCAGUUGCCUGUUGAUGGAGUGGGCAUCGCAGAACCACGCCUCGAGAGUUAGCCGUUCGGCUUUUGUGUUGCCCCGGCCUAAGAUGGUAGCUCGCUGGAGAUCGAAAGUAUGCCCAGUUUCUCCGACGUGUGUUGCUAAUUGAGAGUUUGGGUCUAACCUCCGCGUAGCCGAUUUGUGCUCUUGUAGGCGAGUCUGCUAUUUCCGCCCGGUUUCUCCCACAUAGUUACAGUCGCCCUCUUUGCAAUUUAUUUUGUAGAUAACUGCAGAGGUUUCAGCGGGUGGCAAUGGGUCCUUGGGUUGCAUCAGACGGCGUCGAAUUUUCGCCUGUGGUCGGUGGGCUAUGCCUACUCUGGCAGGUUGUAGCAAUCGAGAGACCGCCUCAGAGACCCCUUUAACGUAGGGAAUGGCCCUCCAGACUUCAGGUUGCUGCUCAUUUGGUCGUUAUCUGUGCGCCCGACGUCUGCUUCUCUCGAUAAAAUGUCUGGGGUAGCCAUGGCCUGCAAAUAGGUUCUGAAGAUACAUUCGUUCGGCCCUUUUAUCUUCUGGCGUGCUGCAAUGGGUUUCGACUCUUUGGAAUAGAGUGCGGACACAGCUACGUUUGUGAGACAGAGGAUGGUUGCUGUUGAAGUGUAGGAUCUGUCUCGUGUCGGUGGAUCUCCGGAAUACUGCUGUUUGCAGUUGUCCAGUUGUACACCUGCUCGCUAUGUCGAUGACACCUUCGUCGUUGUCAAAACAACUGACGUUGAGCACCUAAAGGAACUACUGAACUCGGUUGACCCGGAUAUCCAAUUUAAGAUGGAAUCAGAAACGAACAACCAACUGCCAUUCCUUGACGUGCUUGUGCGAAUUGUGGCAAUUGCCACGGGGGCUGGUAUCAUGUCAGCUGAUUUUAGACUGAAGAUCUUUGUCAGCGCUCAUGCAGUCAGCAUAAGUAGAUGUGCGAUUCUGGUAGGCAGUAACUUUCUGUAAUGAUGAUGCUUAUAUCACCUCGGAAUGAAGCCGUUGGUGGUCGUAUUUCUACAGAACCGAGUAGGGCCGGACAUGGAGACAAUCAGUGACCAAUUCCGUGCAAUGUUCACCGAAAUUCUGGAAUGCGCUUUCAAUAAGGAAGGAUUACGUAGGUGGGGUUACAAUAUUUAUAAUUAUUAUUUAUUCCAGUCCCACCAGGAAGCCGGCUUUUGAAUCUACUUCUUCCCGCUCCCAGGAAAACCACUCUUGGUAAAAAGAAGAGUACUUAAGUAGUCUGCAUUGUGCCAAUUCGUAUUUGAUGCCUAUAUAAAUUCCAACAUAUUUUGUGGACAACCUGCUCAAAAUGUUCUUCCUCGUAUUAAUUUGGAAGAAAAUCACGCCUACUUCAAAUUUUAUACUCGAAAAAAGAGUACAUUUAGGUUUUAAAAAGUUUUAAUUCCCGAAGAGUUUUUGAGCCACAUACGUCUAGGGUUCCGAGUCUACAAACCGCAUACUUUCCAUUUAGGUAGAAGCAUACACUCGUCUAUGUAAUUUAGAAGAUACUAUAUAGGUCUCACAAAAUUUCAUGGUGGAUAUGGCCCGUGCUGUGCAUUUCGUAAGCCGCAUUAACAAACGGGUAGACACGACGCUGUUUGAAAGGACUUUUCACGGUCUUAAAAAUGUCUCGAUAGCAAACUUUUUAGACCGAAAGAUACCCUUAUUUCGAGUAAAUACGUUAGAAAAAGACACGAUUUGCCACCAAUUGAGUGCAAGAAACAGUUAAUUUUUGUGCAUGUUGUCUAUAAAAUAAAUAGGAACCCAUUAGGUCUUUAAAAAUCAACUGACGAAAUUCAUUAUACAGCGAGUGACCGAUCGCAUGAAAUGCUGGCCGAAAUUCUGAAAUGCGUUUUCAACCAGGAAGGAUUACCUAGGUAGGGUUGUAAGAUUGAUAAUCAUGUGGCAUAAUCCAGUAAUAUUUCGGACUCGUCAGGAUUUCGGCUUUUGAAUGCACUUCUUUUCGAUCUCCCGUAGAAACCACACACGGUAAAACGGGACUACUUAAGUAGCAUGCUUGUUCACGUUGAUUUUCGAUGGUCAUACAAAUUCAAAUAUAUUUUACAGAAAACAUGCACAAAAAUAUGCUUUUUAUACUCGUUUGGUGGCUGAUCACGUUGACUUUACAUUUUACACUUGUCGUUGUUGCUUUAAUUCCGUCUCGGCGUUCCAGGGUGAGUACUGUUACCGCGCAGUGUUCACACAUAUUGAUUUCCACGAUAAAUAAGCAUAUUCACCACCACCACCACCACCACCACCACCACCACCACCACCACCACCACCAAGCAGAGAUCUUGUGCAAGCUCAUGAGGCAAUGGUUAAGGAGUCAGCGUCAAGCAUUUUUAGUUGAAUAUCACUCUUCAGACACACGAUAAGACAACUACUAUAACCAUUUUAUUGUACGAAGAGGAGUGAAGCGUAGAACAAAUAACAGGGAGGGGCAGAGCAGUCCAAGGAAGCGUUAACUUCACAAUUAUCCGGGGGGCGGGGGGUUAGUUGGGAGCGGUAGGUUUUGGAGAAGGAGACACGAUCGCUGGGACAAGAACUUUAUAGGCCUGACGUUUUGGAUUCCUGCUCGAACCCAUCAUCAGAGACGAAAACAGAUACGGGUAGCGGGAAGGCACAGUUGAACACUUUUCCCAAUGCCAGGGUCGGUGCGUCAGAUGGUCGAGCAAUCACCACACCAACCUCCCACGCAUGUGAUGAAAUCGCAGCAAUUAACGACGCCAAUGUCGGCCAUCAAACAGUCAGCACACCAAGUGCAACGAUCCCUGGUGAAGAGGGGAAGCCGUGAAUAAUCACAGGUAUGUGGUAGCAUGGUCACUGCAUCCUAUAAAUACUGGAGACUCUUGUGCAUGAACCACCCGUAGCUGCUUUUGUCUCUGAUGAUGGUUUCGAGCAGGAAUCCGAAACGUCAGGCGAAUAAAGCUCUUGUCCCAGCAAUCGUGUCUCCUUCUUCAAGACUGCUUCCUGGGCCUCGUCUCUGCUCUUCUAUUGGCAAUGUGGUCGAUUUGCAUAGCGGUGGGUAAGUGCUGACAUCCUGUAAAUUCUGCAGUAUUCGUCUCACCCUCCGCAGCUUCCGGACCCAUGAAGCGAGCAAGUCCAUGCGCUGUCGGUCACGGCAUUUGUAGGCUUCGGCUUGAGCUGAGUUGACGUCCGAAAAUUGUCUACUUGACCUCCAGCGUGUCGUUCUACCCAGUAUUCUGCAGGUAGGGUGGGUAACUGAGGUCAACACGAAGAGGCCUGUCGACGACUCCCUCGCACAUUGUAGAUGGGCGCGGUCAAGGACCCUCAAAAUGGUCUUGAUGCUGUCGCCGUGGACGUGGAAGGUGUCCAACAGUUCCGUCGCAUUUGCUUACAACACCGGCGUCCUCCUCCUCCUCCUCCAAUCAGGCUUGUAUGUGUUCCAUGAUGAUGUUCGUGCAGUCGAUGGAUUUAAGGCACAUGGCUGCUCAAUGUGGGCUUCUUUGAUACUUCCUCAUUCAUGGUAUUACAGCAAUUUUGCCCAGGAGAAUUCCCAACCAACUGUGUCAUUGCUAUUCAAAAAAAAACAUAGUCGUCCAUGUCGCAUGUGUUAAAAAACAACUCAUGCAUAAAGUUAAUUAAAGUCCCGGAGAAGGUUGGACAGGAAUAUUUGUUUAUCAUGCCAAAUGUGCAGGAAGUCAGAUAACAUCGGAAGAUACUGCUGUAAAGAGUGUAGUUUCGACGUGAUCUAGAGGGAUUAAAAUAUUGCGUAGACUUCAGAGAUGCGGUUCUUGCGUAUAUAAAAGGAGAAAGUAUUGCUUUUGCUAAACUAUACGCAAAAUAACAGCUGGAACACGUAGAAACCAUGUGAAACGUGAAAGCACAUGGGAAAUGCUGGAUGACCCACUGAUGAACUGUGUCAUGCAGCCGCGGAAUAUCGGCGAAUCACGCGUGUGGACUAGUACCUGUGCUACUAGUAUGGUAUCCUGGAUCAGAUGAGGUUAUGUAGCCCUACCUAAAGUAAAAAAAAAUCCCAGUCACCUGUAAUACGGGACGAAUUGUAGUGGGGGUUUUUACAGGUGGGGCCGGGGAACGCACAGGUGAUGAAGUCAUGUAGUUGUAUGCAAAAGAAAAGCUAUUGGGAAUGUGCGGUUGUACUUUGAGUGGUUGAGUAAUAGUUGUCCUAACCCUCCAGCACUGACCCCUAACCCUAACCCUUAGCCCAACCCCGACAGUUCGUCCGUCGAUUUCGACGAUGACCACCGUGUGCCCCACAGACUGCAUUGUGGGAGCAGGGACGGUGACUUACGCAGGGGUUUAUAGUGCCAGUAGACUUGCGUAGCAUCUACCUACACUCUCUCCUCCUCCCCCGCCUGGGCCCGGUGUCAAGACAGAGUCAAGAAGACCGGAGACGGGGGAGGCCGCAGGUGGAUGGCUCGAACGGGUCUUCGCCUUGGCGCUCCACUCCGCACCCCUGGUCCACACACCAAGACCAGGAUUUUGACCACAAAACAAUGGGGUGGAGGCAGUGGUCCAGUUGAGCGACGAAUGCCGACAACAGGGUCCGCCAGCGCACCCCGGGAAUGUUGGCAUUUGUUAUUGCGCACAUAUAACGCCUGCCAGAGUCCGAUGUGGCCCCCGUGUUGGUCCAGCGCAUCUAACACGCGGCCCGUUUUGAGGGCAGAGCCCAACCCCAACAGUAUCGUGUCCAUCAGGUGGAGCUGCAUAAGCACAUCCUACCGUAUCCUGUAACACUAGCGUAAAUGUUCUUCAAAAAUACAUAUAAUACAGAACUUUUUUUAUAACCGAACACAUACGGUCGUAGAAUGUACUUCUUUAAAAGUGGAGUAUGUGUGUUGUUUCCUUGCAAAUUUAAACCAUCGUCGAAAAUAUGUGCAAAAUACGCACACUGCAAACGAAACGAGUCAGCAGCCAGCACGAUGCCAUGCAUGCAUCAGUGUGAGAUUGUGCUUUGCGACCAUCAACCCGCAACGCCAUUUAAGUGGCCUUUUCAGCAGGAAAGCCAGUUUACACUUUUUGAUUUCUGCUUUCUUAGUUCCCGUACCAAGUGAGGAGGUAUAGAAGUCGUGGCAGCCACGAGUCCAAGCGACAGAGGGACGGAAGGAAACUACUUAACUCCCUCUCUUCCUUCCACCGGGAGGAAAGAUACUCAUCAUAGACUGACAAAAUCUACCGACUUGUGGCUUGCGCAACACCAGGAGUUGGCGCCUGUGCAAACUCCUUCGGCUCACUGUGAAGGUUUUAAGUGAUCCUUAUAAAUUUAUACCCACCGGCCCCUCUUAGGUGUGCAAAAUUUCAAGCGGACGCCAGUUUAAUAGGGACAUUUUGGGGACCUGCUGAUCCUGAAUAGUGAGACUCGUAAAAGUAUGCUGUUCAUUGGCUCAACCGCACUACCUAACCGUGUGUAUUCUCCGUCUUCUGAGGCUAUAUCUCUUCUUCUAGCAAAUCGAGCUUUCUUUAUCGUAAGACGAAUAUCCGAAGGUAUCUACUUCUGGCACAGUUUUGGAUUAGGGUUGGGACAUAGGCUAUGAUUAGUGCCAGGGCCAGGAUGUCAGUUAUGUCUCAAGGGAUACAUAGGAGCGGCCUGGCUGGUACGGUAAGGGCAGGUUAUUCUUCUAGUGUAUGAAUUCCGGUCGUCCUUAUAGGGAUAUCCUCUGUGGUAGUGUCGACUGUAAUUUAACUAAAAAUAACUAGUUACUUUAAACGUGUAAGUAAACUGUUAUAGAUUAUGUCAAAACCUUCUCUGACCAGAACGAGUUUGAACAAAAUGAAACGUCCGCGGGGCGUAGUACAUAACGACCCCAGAAAGUUCUAAUAACUUCCAUUCAAAGCAGAAGGCUAACUCUUAAGGCAUGGUUCUCCGAUGCCCACUCCAUAAACAGGCGUCUGCACCUUCCUGCGGCCUACAAAGUCCUACGUCAUCACAAUCGUAGAGCUCAGAACCAAACAACCACACCGGGCUUAAGGAGGCCAUACGGAGACAGCCCGACGGCGAGUUUACUCGGUGAAGAAGAAGAAGAACCGCCAGACCGCCCACCCGACACUGGUUCAGUCACCUCCCCCCCGGCGGAAUGGUGACUUACAAUGCAAGCAGACAAAACACCAGUCAACCAUCCCCUGAUAGGCCGCGGCAGCGAGAGGAGAGAGAAAAAAAAUCGACCAGCAGGAGGCCGUUCAACGUGACACGUCACUUGGGAUCUCUGGUGGAUUGAGUGCAUUUUACGCUUUGACAAUGGAGAGCCGACCAAGCUCUUCGAAACGUCAGCGUCCUAAUAAACCUGUUCCAGUGAGCCCACCUUCUUCUUCUUCUUCUUCUUCUUCUUCUUCUUCUUCUUCUUCUUCUUCUUCUUCUUCUUCUUCUUCUUCAAAUUAAUGUAAACUGUCUGUGGGUGCUUAUGUAUUAUGAGAUGUUGCUAUGUGAGUAGCUUACGAUAACUGCAGCCUGAUAGGCGAUGGCCGACAUGGUGGGGAGGCAGGCUACAGACAGCGUCGCCAGAUAGUCAAACCCCAGAAAGGACCAAUUAGCCUGGAACAAGUCACACCUGCAGCGUGAUGAGUACUAUAAAAUGUCAGUCAGACUAACCAGGGAGAGCUUGUCUACGUUUGUGUGAGCGGAGACGCGAAAGGGGGCCAUUGGGCGUGCGUUUGCUGACUCCGCGAUGCAAGUUUUUGCACAGUUCUGGUUUUCUUCUUAAUGACGCGGCCUUGGAUUAACGUAGGAGACCAGAUGUAAUGGAUAACCUUAAACUUCGACGUGAAUUCUCAGUCUGGUUGAAUUUCAAUAGGUUCUGUGUGACUGAACUUGUGGACACCUUGUUUCCAACUCCACUUCGACCCAUACAGUUACCAGUCGUCUUCUCUUGAUCGUCCAGGCGUGACCGGGCUCCUCAUGGCCCUGUUCGAUAGUUCAGCAUGUCUUGGAUCGUAAACUAUGAUGAAAAUGUCAUCUGAGCAUUUUUCACAAAAUUUCGUUUUUCCCAGACGUUUUAAUAGUUUUUGCUCAAGGUUUAUCGUGAAAGCACUUCAGGACAGCUCCCAUCGGAUUUCUCCUAUCUCCCCCAUCAACCCGCCUGCAUAACAGCUGUGGUUGUACAUGCAACUAUCUUGGAUCUAAUCCAGUUUGCAAUGCAUGAUCCCACUUUGUCGUGAUUAAUUCAUCCAGUGACUCUUUGCUGAACAGUCUCUGUACCUCUAGCAAAAGAAUACGAUAGGUUUUAGACUUUUAUCAGCCGGUUUACCGACGACAUCACACGUGUGUCGGCAUAUAUAUGUGGUUAAGUUACGACGAACCGACUCGAUCUGCCUUUCCAGUCACUACACAGGUUUGUGAUUGGGGAGGGAAUAUGGAGCCGAUCAGCAUCAUUGCAUUGCCUGCGGUCUUUGUUCGGCGUUCUAGCAUGUCAAGGUUAUCCACUUUCUCUACUAGCGCUCCUAGAUUCGCUGAACUUACAAUCUGACCGAGUGCCCAGGUCUCAAAAAUAACCACCGCUGCUUGAGCAGCAAAUCAAGGCUGUGUACAGACAAAGUCCUAAUCCUGGUGUCUUUUAUUUUGCCCUGCUAAAAGGGUCAUAAGUUCGUUAAAAUAUGCUCACUAACCGAGUAACCACUGACAGAAUAGAUCGCGGUAACAGAUCAGUUUCCGGUCUUCUGCCAGCUCGUGCAAAUGGGAGCGUGCGGGCUUACGUAUUUUACACAAAAAUUUGUUUCGGCGUCGUGUACCGUUCCACUUAUCAGUAAGUAUUUUGCAUUUUGCCCCAUAAGUCUUACCAUCGCGUUGAAAUUUGUCGGCCGACAAAGACCUGGUCAUAGUGCCAACAGACAAGGGGCGCUCCACGGUUGUACUGGACAGGACAGACUACCUUCAAAAAGCCAAAGGUUUACUGGAUGAUCGACAGUUCUAUGUCCCAUGUGCAACGAACCCUGCAAAAGCGUUGACACGCGAAAUUAAUGCUACGUUGUUGGCCUUGGAGAACUCAGGUGCAAUAACACCGACCGACAGACGCAUGGUAAGACCCAAAGAUACGACUUUGGCCCGAUUCUAUGGCCUACCUAAGGUAUACAAGGACGGCGCUCCUCUCCGGCCUAUCGUGUCGCUCAAAGGGACUCCAAUGUACGGACUGGCUAAGUGGUUGUUCCGGUGUCUCAAGUUCCUGACCGCUGAGUUAGACAGCACGGUCUCUUCGUCAGCACAAUUCCUGGAGAAACUCAAAGGGGUAAGCAUCCAUCCAAAUGAGGUCAUGGUAUCUUUUGAUGUCACAUCCCUUUUUACUUCUAUUCCCCAGGACCUAGCGAUCGAAACAAUCGAGCUGCUUCUACAAAACAAAAAAGAUGAAACGGAGAAUCGUCUUGGACGCGUCCAAAUCCUUCAACUCCUAAAGUUCUGUCUUAGCAUGUACUCCACGUUCGACGGGACAAUCUACGAACAGGUGAAGGGCACACCAAGAGGUUCGCCGAUUUCGGGAUUCAUCGUCGAGGCGGUCCUGCAACGGUUAGACUCGCUGGUCUUCCAACACCAUAGACCGAAGUUCGGGGCCCAGUAUUUGGAUGAUACCUUCGUCGUUAUCGAUCGGGAUCAACUGCUGACAUUCAAAGAACGUCUGAAUGCGGUCUUCCCGUACAUACAAUUUACGAUGGAGGAGGACGAGAACAAACAGCUGGCCUUCCUGGAUGUCCUCGUAUGCAGUAACGACUGUGGUGGACUAAAAACCAAAGUGUUCAGGAAAGCAACAAAUACGAUGCAAGUACUGAACUUCAACAGUAACCACCCAAUCAGCCCAAAACGCAGUUGUGUAAGGACGCUCUAUCGGCGUGUCGAAACGCACUGCAGUGGGCCGGAAGACAAGAUUGCCGAACUACAAUACCUCCGACGGGUAUUCAAGGCCAAUGGCUACCCGCGCAACUUUGUCGACCGGUGCAUACGCAAAAUGGACGAAAGGCCUAACCGCAGGGACACCAAAGUUUGGCGAGCGCUUCCAUAUGUCAAGAAAGCUUCGGAAGCUGUUGGCCGCCUUCUCGCACCGCUGGGGGUUGGAGUUGCACACAGACCGCAGGCAACCAUCAGGCGUCAACUGAUGAAACCAAAAGACCCACUGCCACGGCUAGAAACGUCUGGAGUCGUUUAUCGGAUCUGGUGCAGUUGCGGACAAAGCAACUACGUCGGAGAAACCGGAAGACAGCUCCGAACGCGAAUGGCCGAACACGCUGCAGCAGUGUGGAGAAAUGACGCUAGCUCUCAAGCUGCGGCUCAUUCGACGGAUUCCCGCCAUAAAUUCAAAUUUGACGAGGCCGAAAAUCUCGCAAGAGGUGACAACCGCGUGAGCCGGGAGCUGCUUGAGUCAUGGUUUACUGGCCCCCAGUCUCUUAACAAGUGCAAUGAUCUUCCCAUUCAAUACAGCGUUCUGACAGUUCGUCUAGGCGGAGUAAUUGGCCACGCUGGUCUUCCAACACCACAGACCGAAGUUCGGGGCCCAGUAUUUGGAUGA